AUGCCGCCGCGCAACAGCCCCAAGCCCAAGGGCAAGACGCGAGACUCGACGCCGCAAGCGCAGCCCGCCACAGACUACAAGGCCAUAGCCGAGCAAUGGGCCCAGGCGAAGCGGGCGAAGGAGGAGGCAGACGCUGAGGCCGCAGCGGCCGGCCUUCCGACAGAGCGGGAGCGGGCCGCCGCGCUGGAGAGGCGUCGCGAGGAGCUCAACGUGCAGCGACGCAAGUCGUACGAGCGGCGCUGGCGCUGGACGGUUGCCUUUUGGGUGUGGCUGCUGGUGAUCCAUGCGGUCGGCGUCUGGCUCUUCACCGGCGGCUUCCUCCUGACGCGGCUCGUGCUCGAGGACAAGUCCAAUUGCACAGCGCCGCCCAUCGACAGCAAGCUCGCGCCGCUGAGCGCCGACGGCGGAUGCUGGCACCCCAAGACGUUCGACCGAGCCGUCGUCGUCAUAAUCGAUGCCCUGCGAUACGACUUUACGGUCCCCGAGCGCGACGCGAGCAAGGUGCACGAGUUCCAUAACGCGUUUCCCUUCCUCCACGAGACGGCCGUGGCGUCGCCGCGCAACGCGUUCCUGCGGCCCUUCAUCGCCGACCCGCCGACCACGACGCUGCAGCGGCUCAAGGGCCUGACCACGGGGACGCUGCCGACAUUUAUCGACGCGGGCAGCAACUUUGCUGGCACGGCCAUCGACGAGGAUAACCUGCUUCUGCAGCUGCGCAAUUCUGGCAAGAAGAUUGCGCAUCUAGGCGACGACACGUGGUGGGCGCUGUUCCCGGACUACUUUGAGCCUAACAUUUCCAAGGCGUACGACAGCUUCAACGUCUGGGACCUGCACACCGUCGACAAUGGCGUCAUCGACAACAUCUUUCCGCUGCUAGAGACAAAGGCCAAGGGCGACUGGGAUUUGCUUAUCGGCCACUGCCUGGGCGUCGAUCAUGCCGGACACCGAUACGGGCCGGACCAUCCGGCCAUGAACGCCAAGCUGCGACAGAUGGACGACUUUGUCCGCAAGCUCGUUGCAUCAAUCGACGACGACACGCUCUUGGUGGUUAUGGGCGACCAUGGCAUGGACGGCAAGGGUGACCAUGGCGGAGAAAGCGACGAUGAGGUCGAGGCGGCGCUGUGGAUGUACUCGAAGAGACCCGUCUUUGGCCGGACGCUCCCAGAGUACGCGACGCCUCCGGCUACGGCCAAGAUUCGCUCCGUCAACCAGAUCGACCUUGUGCCGACGCUGGCUCUGCUGCUCGGCAUCCCGAUCCCGUACAACAACCUCGGCCACCCCAUCGAGGAGGCAUUUGCAGGCCCCAAGGGCAACGACUGGUCCAACCUGGCCGCCGUCUCACGCAUGGCAUCUGCCGGCAUCGAGCGGUACCAGAAGAAGUACUUUGACGCUCGCGGCAUCUCGCAGGGCUCUGCCCCUGGGUCCCCUAAUGCUCUGUGGACAAGCGCCAACGCGGGCGGCAUGUCCCCUCAGGACACGUACAGGGCGUUUGCCAGGUUCCAGGAAGAGACCCUACAUGUGUGCAAGGACCUCUGGGCGCGAUUCGAUGUCCCGCGCAUGGUUGCUGGCGUCGUCGUCACCGCGGCCGGCGUGCUGCUGCUCGUCAUGUACGCCUCUCGAAGCGACGACGAUGAAUACAUCGUCAUGAACGACGUGGAGCUCGACUACGCGGAGAAGCAGCUCGAGUUGAUUGACUUCAAGGGCCAGGUUGAGCCUCACGUCGAUCAGUACUACCACCGGGAUAUGCUGCGUGGUCUGUGGAGUGCUCGCUUCCUGCUCAUUAUCGGCACGCUCAUUUUCGCGGCCGUGUACCGCCAACAGCCGAUGGACGGGCUUGCGGCUCUAGUCAUGCUCCUCAUGGUGACGUCGGUUGGGGCAUCCAUACACGACUGCGGGAAGACUCUCAUCAACCUCCUGCCGCGCAACUUUUGGGGCUGGCUGUCGGUGGUCUUUACUCUCAGCCACUCGAUCGGGUUCGCGUCCAACUCAUAUACCAUUUGGGAAGACUCGAUUCUCCUCUUCUUCAUCGCCACGUUUGGUGUGGCUUCUAUAAUCGCCUCGUUCCGCAUCGAGUCCAAGGUGAACCGCACCAUGGCCAUCUACCACUCGAUUGCUUUUAUCGUGCUUGGCCGGCUGGCCUCCUACUCCAAGCUCUGCCGCGAGGAGCAGAUGCCAUACUGCACGUCUACCUACUACGCUUCCGUCACAUCAUCCACCUCUGCAACUUGGCAGCUCGCCAUCCCUUUUCUUGUUUUCAUCGCCCUCCCUUCCAUCAUCAAGUCUUUUCUCGUGCCCACACGGUCGUAUGAGGGCCUGGCACCGACGUGGAUCGGCUACGUGUUCAGAGUCGGGCUCUUGAUGUCGGCGGUGUACUGGGUCAUCGAUGCCGCCGACAAUGGUGACUGGCUGGCCGGCAAGCUCCCCGAGAAGACGCUCAAGACGAUUGGCGUCUAUACUGCUCAGCUGGGCCUGGCGCUCGCCCUCGUCGCCGGUACCACCGCUUUCGUGUGGGCGCCGCCCUGCGUUUCGAUCGUGUCGACUACAUCACGAACAGGCCAGGCGCGCGUCGCCAUCCUGGGGUAUGCCAACGCCAUGGGCGCGCGAUACCUCAUGCUGCCGCUUAACAUCCUCGGCGCCUGUCUCCUGCUCUCCAAGCCAAUGGGCUCCGGCGCCUUGGCGCUCAUGCUCUGGCAGGUGCUCUCGCUCGUCGAGGUUCUCGACCUCAACGGCCUAAAGACUGAAACCAUCGGCCCUAUCAUGCUAGCCGUGCUGGGCAACUUUUACUUCUUCAAGACGGGCCACCAGGCCGUCCUGUCGAGCAUACAGUGGGACAGCGCCUUCAUCCCUCUCUUCACCAUCCGCUACCCCUGGACGCCGCUCGUCGUCGUGCUCAACACGUUUGCAGGCCAGAUCCUCGCCGCGGCAUGCGUCCCGCUCAUCGCCCUGUGGAAGACGGGGCCCAAGCAAAAGGGCGUGCUCGAGACGGUGGCGCGCGCGGCGGGCGUCUUCGUCGCGUACUUUGCCGUCGAGGCCCUCGCCACCAUGAGCUGGGCCGGUUGGCUGCGGCGCCACCUCAUGCUGUACCGCGUCUUCAACCCGAGGUUCAUGCUCGCGGCGGUGCUGCUCCUUGUGCUCGACCUCGUGGUCAUUGUGGUGACGCUGACGGGCGUGCGGAGCAACACGCUUUCCAUUAGCGAGGUGUUUGGCUGGGCGGAUUAG